UGUUCUGAAGGAGCGAGGCUGAACGUGUGUGUGUUGUUACCGCUGCUUGUGUUUCUGCAUUCUGGGCCAUGUAAAGGCUCCGGUUCUGACCCAGGUUUCCGUCCUUUCUCCCUCUAACCAUGAACCGGACCCAGCUGAAGCGGUCCAGUAUCCUGAGGAUGGCUCUGGCCGGCUCGGACGCGUCGGACCCGGACGACUCCGGAGAGACAUUCCUGCUGCGGGCGGUCCGGAUCGCGGCCGUGGUGGUUCUGUACUGGUUCGUGUCCAUCACGAUGGUGUUCCUGAACAGCUACCUGCUGGACAACCAGGACCUGGACGCGCCUCUGUUCGUCACCUUCUUCCAGUGCGCGGUGACCGUCGGCCUCUGCUGGAUCAUGCAGCUGCUGUCCAGGAUGUGUCCGCGGCUCAUCGACUUCCCGGUGGUCCGGUUCGACGUGAAGACGUCCCGGGAAGUCCUGCCGCUGUCGGUGGUCUUCAUCGGCAUGAUCACGUUCAACAACCUGUGUCUGAAGUACGUCGGUGUGGCCUUCUACACGGUGGGUCGGUCCCUGAGCACCGUGUUCAACGUGCUGCUGUCCUACUUGAUCCUCAGACAGACCACCUCCCUCAGAGCCCUCAUGUGCUGCGGGAUCAUUCUGGGUGGGUUCUGGCUCGGCGUGGACCAGGAAGGCACCACGGGGUCCCUCUCCUGGUCCGGUGUGUUUUUCGGGGUUCUUGCCAGCGCCUGCGUCUCCUUAAACGCCAUCUACACUAAGAAGGUGAUGCCAGCGGUGGACGGAAACAUCUGGAAGCUGUCCUACUACAACAACAUCAACGCCUGCGUCCUCUUCCUGCCGCUCAUUCUCGUGUUUGGAGAACUGGGCCGAGUCGCCACCUUCAGCCGCCUCACCGACCUCAGCUUCUGGAGCAUGAUGACGCUCGGGGGGGUGUUUGGUUUCGCCAUCGGCUACGUCACGGGCCUGCAGAUCAAAUACACCAGCCCGCUGACGCACAACGUCUCGGGGACGGCCAAGGCGUGCGCGCAGACCGUCAUAGCGGUGGUGUACAACUCGUCCAGCAAAAGCCUGCUGUGGUGGACCAGCAACAUGAUGGUUCUGGGCGGAUCGUCCGCCUACACUUGGGUCAAAUCUCUGGAGAUGCAGAGGAGCCCCCGCAAAGACCCUCAGGAUCUAGCCAAAGAAAAACUACUGCCGGGCGAGAAAGACAGCUUAGGAGUGUGAGAACGUAAAACAAAAAGAUCAGAAUAGUUGGAGUUUGGGGAAUGGGUUUGGAGCUACUUGGAUUCUUUUCGGGGCCUUUUUUUUUACAAUUAUUUUUGUGACUUGUAUAAUUAUGUCUUUUAGUCGACAAACGAUGGAGGAAAUGAAGUUUUUACAAAUGUUUAAAUUCACUCUGAUCGCAGGAAAUGGUGUCAAAAUGAAAUAGGAACUUUUCUACGCCGGUUGUUCGAUUCUGAUUUUAACAUUUUUACUAAAGAGGAUUUCAGUCAUUUGAAUAGUUGCCCUUUUAAUAAUGCAGGUUUCUGUGUUGGUGUUGCCUUCAGAUAGGAACUGAUCUGUUGUAGACGUAAGGAUAUGUGUAAUAUCCUGCUUUUUACGGCGGUAAUAAGAAACCUGACACACAACAGGCCUUUUCUUCUCACAGAAAACACUACUGCAGGUAGAAGCAGGGUGUUUUUGAGCUGAGCCAGAUUAAAUGUGGGUGUGAGUGUUUCAGCGUCAAACUGGGUCAGACUGGAAGAGGACCUGUUGGAAUAUUCAGGUGCAGGAUCGGGUUUCAAGUGUCGUUCUGAUGGUCGAAGUAGGACUGACAGUAUCUGUCACAGCAGUACAUAACUGCACCUGUCAUUCUGUCAUAUGACAAAGCAGCUUAGAAACCACAAGGAAAGAGUUUACCUGUCAGGAAAAGGUCCAGGAAACGACAGUUUUUAUUCAAAGCUAGUUUGUUAAAAUGACCUUAAGUCAUUUCAGCAUCUCAGUAAAACAGAAACAGGAAGGAUUGUGCUUUGUGCUUUCAUUGUUUGGUCUUUUUUAUUUAUAAAUGUGUUAUUUUCUGCUUUAAAUAAAAUGUGUGAUUGUUUUUAUGUA